AUUAACACCGUCAACAGUACUAAUAUUCAGUAAUCUCUUUCUUUGCUAAAAGCUCUCAGCUGUCAAAAGGACUCAAAACCUCACAGAAAAGCCAUCAUCUUCCUUGGGCAGGGACGGGGCGUAAUCUCUAUUGGAGCUGUGUAUAGGAAGAAUUGGCUCUAUGAGGAACCUUAAGCUUUAAUGAGAUAAGGAUGGCUAAUCCAAAUACAUCAGCCUUGGUAUUGUCUACAGAAUCCUCAGAACAAAGUGCGACACAUAUGGAAAAUCCAAACAUUAACACACCUCCACCUCCUUGGCAGCAGAGCCAAAACUCCUCACAUGCUCCUCUAGCUAUUCUCUGGGACAUCGAGAACUGUCCUGUCCCAAGUGAUGUACGCCCAGAAGAUGUGGCCGGGAACAUCAGAAUGGCUUUACGGGUCCAUCCUGUAAUUAGAGGAGCUGUUACAAUGUUUUCUGCCUAUGGAGAUUUUAAUGCCUUCCCCAGGCGACUACGAGAGGGUUGCCAAAGAACUGGUGUGAAACUCAUAGAUGUCCCAAAUGGGAGGAAGGAUGCUGCUGACAAAGCAAUCUUGGUUGACAUGUUUCUUUUUGCUAUUGACAACCCUCCACCUUCUUCCAUCAUGCUGAUCUCUGGGGAUGUUGAUUUUGCUCCUGCACUUCACAUACUUGGUCAGCGUGGAUAUACCGUGAUUCUCGUUAUUCCUUCUAGGGUGGAUGUUUCAUCGGCCCUUUGUAAUGCAGGUAGCUUCGUAUGGGACUGGCCUAGUGUGGCUCGUGGGGAAGGCUUUGUGCCUGCCACCAAGGCUUUACUAACCUCUCGUACGGGUCCAGCUGACAUUGCUGGGUAUUUGAUGAGAUGCCACAUAGGUGACAACCCUGAUGGUCAGAACGAAGAAGAAGCCAUAGUAUAUAGGGGGAUCUCACAAAGCUAUUACAACCCGAGGGAUUUCUCACUGAUAUCACAGUCUUUAUCUGGAUACAGUAAUACUUCAAUCUCCAUACCUUGUUUUCCUACAAGCAUGAGAUCACACAGUCUUCCAUCUGGUUUGGAUGAAGUUUCGGCUGGACCUGUUUCUUCUUGUGACCAGAAUGACUUGAUGUGGGUACAGCCCGGGGACCUAAAUGGUUUGAAGGGGCAGCUGGUAAAGCUGCUUGAGCUAUCUGGAGGAUGUCUUCCUCUUAAUCGUGUUCCUUCCGAUUACCAGAAAUUUUUUGGGAGGCCUCUUUAUGUUUCAGAAUAUGGGGCAUUCAAACUUGUGAAUCUUCUCAAGAAGAUGGCAGACGCAAUGACUGUGGAGGGGAAAGGCCAUAGAAAGUUUGUCUACCUGCGGAACUCGCGAGCCAGCCCAAGUGCUCCUCCAUUGGCUCUUGCAAAAAAGGACAAGAAACAGAAGGGGACUCAGGAAGAGAAUAUUGAUAUUAUCACAGGCUGUGGCUCUUCAGAUGAGUUUUCAGAUGAUGAAAGGGUAGUUGUAGAAGAACAUGAUGAGAGGAGGGAACGAGAGAAGUCUGAUCUGGGGAUGGUUGCUCAAUAUGAAAUCGAUGACCAAAGUCUCCAGCAGUUCAAGUACGAGCUUCAAGAGAUACUCGUGAGCUAUUCUUGUCGAAUUUUCUUGGGUUGUUUUGAAGCAAUAUAUCAGCAACGGUACAAGAAGCCACUGGAUUAUCAGAGUUUUGGUGUUAAUGAACUGGAGGAGUUGUUGGACAAGGUGAGAGAUGUUGCGGUUUUGCAGGAGGAAGCAGUUAGCAAGAGGAAGUUCCUGGCUGCUGUUGGUGGCUAGAAGACUCUUUUGAAAGUUUUUAAUGUCUUUUAACUUAAUUAGGAUCUUAUAGCUGAGGUAUGCUUGUCACUGACCUGUCCGUUUUUCCAUUUUUCCACCAAGUUUUAGAAAGAGAUAAUGGAAAAAUGUAGUAACACGUAUGUUCCUUUGUGUCUGACAUAGGCUUGAAGGCUAAUUUCGAAAGUCUCAUUGUGAGUGAGUCACUGUAACUUAUCAUCUGCAAAUAAAGAUCCAUCUGUAAAUUAACUUACAUUUCAACUAUUAUAUUUCAUUAUAUAAACCAGGCAUUUUCUUGUAA